UUUCAAGUUUCGUGGUGGCGGACGUGUGUUCGGUGUGCCAAAAAUACGCUAAAGUUUAAUUUCUACAACAUGAAUUAAGACUAUUAAACCACACUUUAUCACUGAAACUUCGUAAAUUAAUUAAAAUCAACACUGUACUCUGUGAUUUUUUCCAUCGGAAGUGCAUAACUUGAUGCCCUACAUAAAAAGUUAGGUCCGAUUUGAUGAAAGUUUUCUUUUCUUUUGUUUUAAUCAGUGUGUAAUGUUAAUUUGUGGUGAAAGAUGCGCGGGUCGGACGUUAAUCUAGUGCUGUUUAUUAUUUUGUUCUGCGCACGUGAGCAUGUGGGUGAAAUAAGUCAAAUAGACGACAAUGACUUGACUGGAGAACACUCGUUGGAAUUGACCCAGUCCAUGAACUUAGCUCGACAGGAGCUAAUUCAAGAGUCAUGCCAGCGAUUUUCACCAAGAUGGACGUUAGAAAAUCUGCCGGAUAAUCAGUUCGAGCACAUAUUAGUCGACGAGACACACAAGCUGCUGUAUUGUUACGUACCUAAGGUUGCCUGCACUAAUUGGAAGAGAAUAUUGAUGAUACUGACAGGAAAAUGGAACGAUACAGAUGUCCUCAACAUUCCGGCAUCCCUUGCUCACUCUCCCGGUAUGUUCCGGAACCUCAGCAGCGUGCCAAAACCGGAACGGGACUACAUGCUGGAUAGUUACCACAAGAUGAUCAUUGUCCGGAAUCCGUUUGAGAGAUUGCUGUCAGCAUACAGAAACAAAUUAGAGGGAGAUCUGCCUAGUGCUAGAUACUUUCAAGACAGAGUGGGCAGACGGAUCAUCAAGGCAUUCCGCGAGAACCCGUCCAACGAGUCUCUCGAGUUGGGCCAUGACGUCACGUUCAGGGAAUUCGCUCUGUUCCUCACUAACAAGUCUGAGGAGUUGACAGACGUCGCCAACAAUGAGCACUGGCAGCCGAUAACGAGCUUGUGCCACCCCUGCCUCAUCAAGUACACCUUAGUUGGUAAGGAGAUCUGCCUAGUGCUAGAUACUUUCAAGACAGAGUGGGCAGACGGAUCAUCAAGGCAUUCCGCGAGAACCCGUCCAACGAGUCUCUCGAGUUGGGCCAUGACGUCACGUUCAGGGAAUUCGCUCUGUUCCUCACUAACAAGUCCGAGGAGUUGGCAGACGUCGCCAACAAUGAGCACUGGCAGCCGAUAACGAGCUUGUGCCACCCCUGCCUCAUCAAGUACACCUUAGUUGGUAAGUUUAUUUUAUUUAAAUUA